UUGUUAAAUCUGCUUACAGGAUGUAAGUUGAGCCGCCUUUGUCGACAAGGGAAAUCGACGAAAAAAAUAGAAAAUCUUUCUGUCAAGUAUAAAAAUAACAACAUUGAUAAUAUUUAAAAUGAUAGUAAGGAGAAAUGUAAGAAUUCACAAUUUAUCAUUAAAUAGAACAUUAAAAUCGACCACAACUCGUAUAUUUACCCCAAAUUUAGCAGCGGCGGCUUACAAACCAGAAGUUGUAGAAAUAAAUAGAUAUGAUGAAUGGGAAAGUAAAGGUCUUUUUAUUGCAAAGAAUUCCAGUAAAGAACCGGUGUUCAGCGUUGUUCUGCCACCACCAAAUGUUACAGGAAAACUUCAUUUAGGCCAUGCCUUGUCCUGUACUAUACAAGAUGUGAUUGUAAGACGAAAGAGGUCAUUGGGUUAUAAUGUCUUAUGGCUUCCUGGUACUGAUCAUGCAGGUAUCGCAACACAGGGUGUAGUUGAGAAUUAUUUAAAAAGCAAACAAAAUAUUACGCGUCAUGAAAUCGGUCGAGAAAAAUUUAACACAGAAGUGUGGAAAUGGAAGGAAAAACAUGGCGACACUAUAUGCAAUCAAUUACGUACUUUAGGCUGCUCCUUGGAUUGGUCUCGCCAAGUUUUCACAAUGGAUCAAAACCAUUCAAACGCUGUAAACACAGCCUUCAUACAAUUAUUCGAAAGAGGUCUUGUUUACAGAAAGAAAGCGUUAGUCAACUGGUGUAAUGCUUUAAAAUCUACCGUUUCUGAUAUAGAAGUGGAAAACAUACCUAUAAACACACCAACAGAGUUAAAAAUACCAGGUUACAAAGACCCUGUCAAGUUUGGCUUAAUGUAUAAUUUUGCAUAUAAAAUAUAUGACAGCGAUGAAGAAAUUAUUGUGUCCACAACUACACCGGAAACAAUGUUAGGAGAUACAGCCAUCGCAGUUCAUCCUAAUGAUAAAAGAUACAAACACUUACAAGGAAAAAGAGCAGUACAUCCGUUUAGAAAUGAUACCAUCCCUAUCAUAUAUGAUGAGAUGGUUGACACUAAACUUGGCACAGGAGCUGUUAAAAUAACUCCAGCACAUAGCAAAAUUGACAACGAAGUGGCCAAACGACAUCGUCUACCCUCAAUACAAGUCAUAAACGAAGAUGGUUUAAUGCAAACAUGCCAAAUAUUUGAUCAAAUAAAACGCUACGAUUGUAGACAAAAGUUGGUCCAACAUUUGAAUGAAAUGGGACUUUUAAAAUCCAUACAAACACAUCAAAUGACAUUACCAAUAUGCAGUCGAACUGGUGAUGUACUAGAACAAUUACCUAAAGAACAAUGGUUCUUGUCUUGUAGAAAUUUAAACAAAGCAGCUUCAAAUGCUGUCAAAAGUGGUCAAUUAAAAAUAAAUCCUGAAAAGUACAUAAAGAAUUGGAUAAAUUGGACUGAAGAUGAACGUGAUUGGUGCAUAUCACGACAACUAUGGUGGGGACAUCAAAUACCAGCUUACAAAUGCAAAGUAGACAAAGAUAUUAUAUGGAUUGCUGCAACUGAUGAGAUAUUAGCAAAAAUACAAGCAUCAAAAUAUUUAAGAACUGCACCGGAAGAUAUUAGUAUAGAAAGAGAUACAGAUGUUCUUGAUACUUGGUUUUCAUCUGGUAUUUAUCCAUUCGCUGCAUUAGGUUGGCCAGAAAACUAUAACAGUUAUGAUUAUAAAGAUUUCUAUCCUCUAAGUUUAAUGGUAACAGGUCAUGAUAUAUUAGGUUUCUGGGUACACAGAAUGGUUAUGUUAGGUAUAGAAUUAACAGGACAAUUACCUUUCAACAAUAUUUUACUACAUGGUGUUAUUUGUGAUAAUAAAGGUGCUAAAAUGUCUAAAAGUAGAGGCAAUGUGAUAGAUCCAAUUGAUGUUAUUAAAGGAAUUUCAUUAGAAAAUCUUAAAAUUAAAUCUGAAGAAAUGCAUAAAAAUGGAGUACUUAAUAAAGAAGAAUUGAAUAAAGCUCUAGCUUAUCAUAAAACUAAUUAUACAACAACAAAAGGUAUCCCAGAAUGUGGAGUUGAUGCUCUAAGAUUUACAUUAUUGACACAAGACAUUAAAUCACAUUUCGUAAAUUUCGACGUACACCAAUGUCAUGCGAACAAAUUAUUCUGUAAUAAAAUUUGGCAAAGUAUCAAAUAUAUGCAGUUAUCGUUUGACAAACUUAGACCAAUCAAUGAUGAAAUAACGCAAGACGAUUUGACAUAUUUUGAUAAAUGGAUAUUAAGUAGACUUGCAGAUAUGGUUGACAAAGUAAAUAAAGCAAUGGAUGAUUACGAUUUACAUUUAGCAACGAAAGCAAUCAAAACAUUGAUUUAUAGUGAAUUCUGCGAUGUGUACCUUGAAGCGACUAAACCUGGAUUUGAAAAUAACGAUUAUAAAAUGGGAUAUGCUCACGCGCAUACACUUACAGCAGUUCUGAACACUUCACUUAGAUGUCUGGCACCAAUAAUGGUUUAUAUCACAGAAGAAUUGAUACCAAAAAUCCCAGAUUUCGAAACAAAUAUAAUACACAACUUCGAUGACUUAAAAAAACCUUUUUUCGACUACCCACAGAUAAAAGAUUUCGAAAUUUGGAAGAAUAAAGAUUUAGAAAAUCAAGUAACGAAAUUAUUGAAUGUUAUAAGUCUUGUUAGAGAAAUGAAAGGAAUGUAUAAUAUUUCAAAUAAAAUAAAAACUUCAAUAAAUAUUAAAACAAACAACGAUAUAUUAAUGUUAGAUCUUGAUAAUAAUCAAGAUAUAGUACUACAUUUGACGAAAUGUGGGUAUUUAAAAAUAAAUAUAGACGAUAGCAAAUAUUUUGUAUCUACCUUACUUGAUAAAGAUACUGAAAUCAAAUUAGCUAUAGAAGAUGACAAUGCAGCUAAUAUUAUAUCAGCCGCUAAAGAAAAACUAAGAAAUAAAAUUAAAAAACUGGAAGAUAAUUUAGAUAAAUUGGAAGCUAAGUAUUCAAGUAAAUACUACAUAACAUCUGUGCCUGAACAUACGAAAGCGUUAGACAGAGAAAAGUUAAUUGUAAAAAAAGAAGAAAUCAAACAACUACAAAGACUGAUUUAACACUUCAAGUGCUAUGGAUUCGUCUGGCAAUACUUUAGUAUGUAGAUAUUUUAGUAGCAUUUAAUGUGUUAAUAAAAACAUAAUUGUACUUGAAAUCAAAUCAAUAUAAAGCUUACCAUUAUUUUAUU